GGUACUUCCUCCGUACAGUCAAUAUUACAUCCAGGCUGAGGCUCAGCGAUGUCAUGCUGCAGCUGCAGUAUUUACAGUCCCUGCUGCCGAACUCGUUUGAGUCAGCUGGUCACGUGUUUCUAGCUCCCAGAGGAUACUGCAAGCAUCUGCAGAUCACUGAGAAUAACCCACAGUUCCUGGCGGGCUUCCUCUCUCUGAUGGUGGAGAUCUCACCUGAAUCUGAAGACUUUUUGAGGAAUGUAUUCACCUACCACAGACGUUCUAUGCGCCACGCACGCAAGGCCCAGCUCAUUCUGCUGGCAUUUGAGAAGGAUCUCACACGCAAGUGUCAACAUGAAUGGAAAGAUAAAGUUCUUCGGAGAUUUCACUCGGAGACCCGCCUAACUAUAGAGAUCGCUAAGACAUGUGAACAACUGGGCGGCAACGUUAUCAGAACGCAAAGAAUUAUGGAGAGAAGCAUGAAGGACCCCCGUAUUGACCGUGCUGUUGCUGUGUGCAAGAAGGUAGUGAGCAGCUUCUCUUUCAGUUGGAAGAGGAGGAGAGACCUGGCCACAGCGCAGCAAGAGCUAAAUCUCGCGGCACACCAGCUCAUCAGUGAGUCUCCUACCAGGUGGGGAUCCCGAGAGAAGAUGAUUGAGUGGGUACUGGAGCAGUAGCAAGCUAUUUCUCAAGUCUUGGCUGCAGACAAGAAAACCCAGCAUCUCGUUCUCACCUGGCAAGACCUGGAAGUUCUAGAGUCAGUGCACAAGGCUCUCAAACCUCUCCUGGAAUUCACCAACGCUCUAUCCGGUGAGAGCUAUAUCACAGUGUCCUAUGUCAAGCCUGUUCUCCAUCUCUUCCAGUCCAGCCUCUUGGCAGGUCAGGAGAAUGACACCCCACUGACCCAGUCUAUCAAAGUCUCCAUCCUGGAUUACCUGAGGGAGAAGUAUUCUGAUCCUUCCACUAACGACCUGCUGGACAUGGCAGGCUUAGUGGAUCCCAGGUCCAAGAUAACAUACUGCACAGAAAAAAAGGUGGAUGCCAUCAAGAGCAGAGCCAUAACCGAGAUGGAGGCAAUGAUCUAUGAGACUGACC